AUGAUUAGUGGGACAAUAGAAAUAUUUGUAUAUUUAAAAGAGCUAAGGAACAUUGAUCUUUUUUAAUAAGGAGUUUAUCAACUUAAGAUUUGCAUUUAUAAGAAAGAUGAUACCCAAUUAGAUGUUAAAUCCGCCCAACCAUACAUGACUGUAGAGCAAAAAAGAUUUUUCAAUAAAUAAACUACAGAUACUUAUGUCUAAUCUUCUAAACUUAUUGAUACAAGCUUUUACAGCAAAGCUUUUGUUAUAAAAUAUUGUGAUUAAAUUGUAGAGUUAAAUGAGGGAUGUGUGUUUAGAAUUGAAAUCCAAGCUUAUCCAGAAAUGAACUUAAAUGAAUUAUAUUGCAUUAUUGAACUUCAUUUUUGUGAACUAAGUACAAUAACACAAGAAGAUUUUAAGCCAGUAUUUUUCAUUUUGAAUUAUUAGGAUCGAUUACAGAAUUAUUAAAAAUGCAUAGCCAAAUUUUCAAGCAAAUUACACAAUGUUAAAUUUAUAAAAGAAUACGUUCCCUGUGUAUUUGAUGAUUCUCACUUUUGUUUAUUAAAAUUCAGUCUGCACUCAGUUUUAGUUGACUUCAAAUAUCAUCAACAAAAUGAUUUAUCCCUUCACUAAUUUAUGAAUAAAAUAACAAAUCAAUGUAAAUGAUCAAAUUAGCAAUUAGUUUCUCCUCAUUUAUUAACUGGAUUCUACUCAUAUUAUAAUAAAAUGCUUAUGUAAACUAAUGAAUAGUUAGCCAAUUACUAUUAAACUAGAGUGAAGCAAUGCAUAUCAGAUGAAUAAAUUUAAAAUAAAUACAGUAAGUUCUCUUAUUUAAAUGCGAAAACUUAAAAUUAUAAGCCUUUCUCUGAAUAUACAAAUAAAUUGAAUGAUCUUAAAGGUAAUCCUUAACUACAAUAAGAAAUUAGCAAUUAAAUUUUUUUGGAAAUUAAGCAUAUUUCCUCUUAAAUCUUUGUGGCUUGGUAUUAAUUUAUUGAUGCUUAUAAUUUUAUGGCUUCAGCUUUAACUAAUAAAUUAGAGUAAGAAUAUUUACAAAAGAUUAAAGAAAGGUGGGGUGAAAGUAUAUUCUAGCAUAUUUAAACUGUUGAUGAUCUCUCCUUUUAAGAUACCUAAUCAGGAAAGAACCAUAAAUAAAUGGCUCAGUAAUAUCGAAAUAAUAACUACUAUAAAUAAUUAGAACCUUUAAAUAUUGAAGAUCUUGAUUUAUUUCCUGAUGCUAAAAUACACCCAAUAGUUUUUAGAGAUGUUUCUUAAAAGCAAUAAAUUUAAAGCAAGUAAAUCAAAGGCUUACAUUUAUUUGUAUUUGUUCAUGGUUAUUAAGGAAAUUCUUAUGAUUUAAGAUUAUGGAGAAAUAAUAUUUCUGUUAGAUACCCUGAACAUUUAACUCUGCUCUCAAAAUGUAAUUAAGAUAAUACGGAAUAAGACAUAAUGGUAAUGGGAGAAAAAUUAGCACUAGAAGUAAAGCUUUGGAUCAAAGAAUGGUGCCCUAAAGAAAAUUUUUCAAAACUUUCAUUUAUUGGUCAUUCUCUUGGUGGUUUAAUAAUUAGAGCCUCUUUACAAUAUUUAACAAAAUAUAAAGAUAAAAUGUACACAUAUUUAUCUUUGGCUACACCUCAUUUGGGUUAUUCUUUAUCUUCAAGUAAACUUGUAGAUACUGGUUUAUGGGUAAUUCGUAAAUGGAAGAAAUGUAUUUGUUUGAAUUAGCUAACUUUAAAUGAUUCUUAGAAUAUUCAAGAAACCUGUCUUUAUAAAUUAUCUAAGUUAGAGGGCUUAGGAUGGUUUAACAAUAUAGCCUUGAUGAGUUCGUACCAAGACACUUAUAGUCCAUUUGAGUCAGCUCGCAUCUAAAGACCAAAAGGAAAUAGUAAAGAUAUUAUAAUUACCAACAAAAUGAUAGAUAAUUUAAUGGAAACAAUAUAAAAUAAAAAAAUAGAAAGGUUAGAUGUUAAUUACGAAUAAUCUGGAAGGUAUAUUUAAUUUAAUUUUUGUAGAUCAUUAGAUGUUAUGAUCGGAAGUGCAGCUCAUAUUGCUUUUUUAGAAAACAGUGCAUUGAUAAAACUAUCUGUUUACAGUUUCGAUGAAUUAUUUGAAUGA